CCCCGCCCGGUACCAAGAUGGCGGCAGAAGCAGCUGGUGGGAAAUACAGAAGCACUGUCAGCAAAAGCAAAGACCCCUCGGGGCUGCUCAUCUCUGUGAUCAGGACUCUGUCUACCAGUGAUGAUGUUGAAGACCGAGAAAAUGAGAAGGGCCGCCUUGAAGAAGCCUAUGAGAAAUGUGACCGUGACCUGGAUGAGUUGAUUGUACAGCACUACACAGAGUUGACGACAGCCAUUCGCACAUACCAGAGCAUCACAGAGCGCAUUACCAACUCCCGAAAUAAGAUAAAGCAGGUGAAAGAGAACCUGCUUUCUUGCAAGAUGCUGUUGCACUGUAAACGGGAUGAGCUCCGGAAAUUGUGGAUUGAAGGAAUUGAACACAAGCAUGUCCUGAACCUGCUGGAUGAAAUUGAGAAUAUCAAGCAAGUGCCUCAGAAGCUGGAACAGUGCAUGGCCAGCAAGCACUAUCUCAGUGCCACCGACAUGCUGGUGUCAGCAGUGGAGUCUUUGGAGGGCCCCCUGCUCCAGGUGGAAGGACUGAGCGACCUGAGGCUGGAGCUUCACAGCAAGAAGAUGAACCUCCACUUGGUUCUCAUAGAUGAACUGCACCGGCACCUGUACAUCAAAUCCACCAGCCGAGUUGUGCAGCGUAACAAGGAGAAAGGGAGAGUGAGGUUGGUUAAAGAGCCUCUUCGCUACAGUGUCUUGUGGCAGUGGAGAAGUUCAAGGACCAUUAUUUGUUUCCCAGAAGACUGUUGUACUUGAUUUGCUUCUUGGUUU